AUCUGUUUCCUCAAACCUAAAACACAGCCGGGCUUUUCAGGGCUCUAAGGCCCCCAGUGUGGUGGGUGCCCCGGAGAAGGACAGGGCAGGGAUGUUUGGGGAUCUGGUUCUCUCCCGCUUGCAGGUGUGGCUGGCGUGCGCGUUGGGAGCGCCUGCUUGCCCCUCCUCCGGGGGGAAGGACUGGCCGUCGUCCCUGCUCCGGGGAUGCGGGAUGCGGGUGCGCCGAGCCCUCGGGAGGCCUGGUUCUGGUGUGGGCUGCGGGGAGAAGGCGCGGGAAGGAAGGAAAGAGGCGAAACGGUGCGGGAGGGAGGCGGCCGUUGCCAUGGAAGGAGCUGCAAGCCUCCCUGCAGACCGCGAACGGAGCCCCCGCACCCCCGAGGCUGGCCUCUGGCCUCCCGCCCCAGCCCGGCGGGGGCCCCUCCCCGCUCCGCCGUCCGCCUUGGGUACAGAAGCGGCGAGUGGCCCCUUUCCAGGAGGCCUGUUUACCAGCACGACAACAGCAAAUUAGUGCGCUUAAGAGGCAUUCAGCGUUUAUCCCGGCAAACAUGCGCAGCGCGAAGGGGGCCUGCAAGGCCUGCUCCCCGGAAUCUACUGAAAUGGGUCUGCUGUGCAUCUUAAUCGACUUCCUUCCACCCACCACAUUAAAUGCAUUUAAUCUAC